AUGUCGUUGAACAUCUUCCGAGUCCUGGGGGACUUCUCCCAUCUAGCAUCAAUCUUUAUCCUUCUACAUAAGAUGACCGAGCUCAAUGGCUGCACAGGCAUAUCCUUCAAGUCGCAAGCCUUAUACCUGAUGGUCUACGUGACACGAUACCUAGAUUUGUUCAGCACCGAGAGCAUCUACAACAUCAUCUUCAAGAUCCUCUUCAUCGGGUCGCAGGGCUACAUCGUGUACCUGAUGACGACCAAGUACAAGCCGACGCACGACCCGAACCUCGACACCUUUCGCGUGCAGUACCUGCUGGGCGGCGCCGCCGUGCUCGCCCUGCUCAUCCCCUACAAGUACACCCUGUCUGAGAUCCUGUGGGCCUUCUCCAUCUGGCUCGAGUCGGUCGCCAUCCUGCCGCAGCUCUUCAUGCUGCAGCGCACCGGCGAGGCCGAGACCAUCACCACCCACUACCUGUUCGCGCUCGGCAUCUACCGCGGCCUCUACAUCCCCAACUGGAUCUACCGCUACUUCACCGAGCCCAACCACAAGGCCGACUGGAUCGCCAUCGUCGCUGGGCUUGUCCAGACCGUCCUGUACAGCGACUUCUUCUGGAUCUACUACACCAAGGUCAUGAAAGGCAAGAAGUUCAAGCUGCCGGUAUAA